UAGCACGGUGUUUAAAAUAAUAUUAAAGCGUAAAUAUUACAAACAACAACUCGAUUACGUAAAUUUGAACUUGAAUUUGUAAUGUAUUUAUUGCCAUAAUAAACAUACCCUUAUAAUUCUAAAUCUCAUUAAUGUAAGUGGUUGAGACGCGUAGUCUGUCAAAUGUUUGUGCCAAAGUGUAAGCCACCCCAGGCUGGCGAGCUUCAGAGGCUUCAAGAUUUCAUCAGCCACAGCAGAAAACUGCUUGUGUUAACAGGUGCAGGUGUUUCCACAGAGAGUGGCAUCCCAGAUUACCGAUCUGAAGGGGUGGGACUGUAUGCACGCAGCCCCAAUCGUCCAGUCCAAUACCAGGACUUUGUUAAAGACCCAAAAAUCAGACAGAGGUACUGGGCUAGGAACUAUGUUGGCUGGCCAAUGUUUGGUUUCUUCCUUCCUAAUAGAUCUCACAAGACCCUGGCUGACUGGGAGAAAACAGGCCGCCUUCACUGGCUGGUAACUCAGAAUGUGGACGCUUUGCACUUCAAGGCAGGCAGUGGGCGGAUCACGGAACUUCAUGGUAGUGCUCAUAGAGUGAUGUGUUUGGACUGUGAUUAUUGCCUGAGCCGUUGUGAGAUGCAGGACCUGAUAGCUGCCCACAACCGACACUGGUCAGCAACGUCACAUGAAAUGGCACCUGACGCUGAUGUACAGCUCACAGAUGAGCAAAUAAGGGGAUUUCAGGUCCCACCUUGCCCAGGGUGUGGUGGGCGACUGAAGCCACAAAUUGUAUUUUUUGGAGACAAUGUUGCCAAGUCAGUGGUCGAGUUUGUUCAUGAGAAGUUACGGGAGAGCGACAGUCUACUGUUGGCUGGCACUUCGUUACAGGUCUAUUCCGGUUACAGGUUUGCUGUUGCUGCCAGUGAUCAAUGUAAACCAAUUGCAAUUGUGAACAUUGGUGAGACUCGGGCAGACAAGCUUGCUACUGUUAAAGUUCAAUCAAAAUGUGGCGACGUCUUACCAAAAUUGACUGUGACAAAGUAUCUAUAACCAUGUACGUGGUAUAUGCUAUAUUCAGAUAUCGCUCAAAGAUAGUGCUUCAAUUUCAAGACAAGAACCAGUUUCUCCUGUCUUGUUGAUGGCCACUUUUAUAAUAAGAAGAGCGAUUAAGACGUUUGUUUGAGAUGGAUGCAGUGUGCAUUUAUAUCACAGACCUUAACAAAAACAUUGUGUCUAUGAAGUAACGUUUGCGAACCACAACAAACAAACUACCGGUAUACUAUUCCAGUUUGUUGAUCUUCUUCAAAUGGGAUAAAACUGUUAGUUUGCAUACUAUUAUUUUGGGGACUUUGUUAAUCAAAUAUCAGGUUGGGUCACACGUUCGAUUUUAAUUUGACCAUUAUUAGUUUAUCUAACUCUUCCAUUAUGUUUGUCUAUCAGAUUUUUUAGCCUAACUAAUGGUACAAUAUCUAUAUUUUGAUGCUUUUUUGACGGACAAGCCAUUUCUGUUUUACUGCACAUGUUUGAAAUACCCUUGUGCUGAAACAUGGGCUUAAUGCAUGUGUUUCAAGCGUCAUCCAAGAUAAGCCUGUGAAGUCGGCACAGUCAUAUUAAGGGUGACACUUUCUGCUUUUAUGUAAUUUAUGUUUAAAGAAAGUAUCUUCUUUUAAAGAAAGUGUCUUCUCAACAAAAAUCCAAAUACGACAGAAAGUGUUUUCCUGGUUAGCUUGUGCAAAGUGUAAUUGUUAAUUUGGGACCACUUUUGCGCACAUGCAUUAAGCCCCAUUUGCCCAUUGGCUCUUAUAAUGUCAGAUUCAUCUUCUCUAACGGUGUGUAAAGGUUUAUCAUAUCCUACCUCAUUUUUGCAAUGUUUUUGUGUUUUUUUUUUGGGGGGGGGGGGGGGGUCGCAAUUUGAUGUUCAUAUCUUGUAAGAUUGAUAGUGUUGUGUGUUUUUGCAUAUACAUUCUGUGAUAUUUGAAUAUUUAACUUUGUUGCAAAACGCAAAGUUGUUUAUAUUAAUUUAUUUAUCACAUUCAUGUUAUUAAGUUAUAUCAAAAGGUAAUGAGGGUGCAGAAUCAGGUGACUUUGUGUGGUUCACAAUUGAACUUUAAUGGAUGUAAGCACACCUGUAAGUGGUGCUUUUUUUUAGCUCUGCUGGCCUCUGGCUUAUGUUAUGGUCUUGUGUCCGUCGUCCGUGCGUGCAUUAACUUUCUUUAAACAUCUUUUUCUCCUUAGCUACAACUUCAAUUCUGAUAAAACUUUUCACAAAUGUUCCUGGGGUGAACCUCUUUCAAAUUUGUUCAAAUAAUGCCCAUGGGGUCAAAAUUGACCCCGCCCCGGGGUCAAUAAAUUGAACAUAUGCUCAUAUAAAGCCUAUUUUGUGCAAACAUUAAAAAUCUUUUGUCCAUAACCAUUGGGCCUAGUGCUACCACAUUUGGUAUGUAGUGACAUUUAAUAGUUCUCUACUUUGUUUGAACAAAUUAUGCCCCUGGGGUCAAAUUUGACCCUGCCCCAGGGGUCACAAAAAUGAACAUUUUUCCUACGGAUACCAAAUUUGAUAUGUAGUGACAUCUAAUAGUUCUCUACAUAGUUUGUUCAAAUUAUGCCUCUGGGGUCAAAUUUGACCCUGCCCCGGGGUCACAAAAAUGAACAUACGCUUAAAUAAGGCCUAUUUUGUGCAAACUUUAAAAAUCUUCUUGUCCAUAACCGUAUGGCAUAGGGCUACCAAAUUUGGUAUGUUGUGACAUCUAAUAGUCCUCUACCAAGUUUGUUCAAAUUAAGCCCCUGGAAUAAAAUUUGACCCUUCCCCAGGGGUCAUAAAAGUGAACAUAAUGUUAUAUAGGGCCUAUUUUGUGCAAACUUUAAAAAUCUUUUUGUCCAUAACAAAAAUCUUUUUGUCCAUAACCAUUGGGCCUAUUUCUAACUCAUUUGGUAUGUAUUCAAAUCUUAAAGUUGUCUACCAAGUUUUUUCAAAUUAUGCCCAUGGGGUCAAAUUUGACCCUGCCCGGGGGGGGGGGGUCACAAAAAUGAACAUAUGCUUAAAUAUGGCCUAUUUUGUGCAAACUUUAAAAAUCUUCUUGUUCAUAAUUAUAGAGCCUAGGGCUACUUAAUUUGGUAUGUAGUGACAUCUCAUAGUCCUCUACCAAAUUUGUUCAAAUUAUUCCCCUGGGCUCAAAUUUGACCCUGCCCCGGGGGUCACAAAACUGAACAUAUGCUUAUAUAAAGCCUCUUUUGUGCAAACUUUAAAAAUCUUCCUGUCCAUAACCAUUGGGCCUAGGGCUACCAAAUUUGGUAUGUUGUGACAUCUUAUAGUUAUCUACCAAGUUUGUUCAAAUUAUGCCCCUGGGGCCAAUUUUAUCCCUUGAAGGCUCCCAUUCAAAAGUUGUUAAGAAAAUUUGAUUAGUCAAAAAACAUGGCCACAGGAAGUCGUUGAACUUUGCAUGUUUAUGCGUUUUUGCUAUUUAUUCAUUAUGGGAUGAAUAAACUAUUUUCUUCUCAAACUAAAAGUUUAUCAAAAUACACUUGGAACCACUUUUUAAUAAUAAGAGAUAAAUGCAUACAUGUCGAGCGUGAAAGGUAGACCAACAUGUAAACUAUCCCUAAAUGUUAACCCUUUACCAAACGACACAUUUUGGACUGCCCCAAAUUGAAAGAGAUUGCAGACGAGAACUAAGAUUGUAAAGGACUAUUUAUGAAUUGGCUGGGUGGGGUAGAAAUCAUUGUGAUCAUCAUGAGCAAUUUCUCCUUUUUGAAACCGGAAGUCCUGUUUUCAAAACGAAAACAAACUCUUAUUCAAAAGGAGUUUUGGUCUAUUGGAACGUCAGAUGGAAAAAGCAAAGGAAAGUUAGGUCAAGCUAAUUGUUUGUCAUGAUAUCUCUUUAAACCUCACGCCAUAUGCAAGUAGUGUUGCCAUGAUCGCAACAUCUUGAUGAAUUAUAAUUUAAUAUUUUGUCUCAUAAACAUUUAAUUUGUUUAACAAACAACCUCUACAAAGUUAUAAUUCCUAAUGCCUUUCGGCACCUCAUGAACCUGAAAAACUCGUAACUUUAUGUUUCCUCAGGCAAAUAUCUUUUUUGUACAAUAAACAAUUUCUUCGCCACGUUAACAAUCCUGCUACACUCACUAAUGCCUCAAGAAUGAAGUAAAGUUCAGGUGAUCUACGUAAUAAGGUAUUUUGCAUAUGUCAUGAACUAUAUAAGUAACAGAAACUUUGAAACCUACAAACACUUUUUGGAAUUUUUGAAAAAGAUUCAUAAUUGAAUGAAGGAACUUUAAUUAAUCUUGUAGAACAUGCGUAGAUUUGAUCUUCAGCAUCUAAAAAUAUGUGAUCUAGACAAAACGACAAUAUCUUUUGGAGAGAUAAAUGUACCUACGUUAUAAGCAAAGGACCUGUGCGACAAUUCCCGGGCUUUUUAGUCUGUUUAGUUAACACCGUAACGUUUUCCAUAUAUAAAAAUGCUCACCCUUCUAACUUUAAGCGCCCAGUGGGACGAGGGAUAGAAAGAGAAAGUCACAUGCUUGAGUACAUUUCAACCCAUGCGCACUGCACGUUUUUUUUUCACAUAAAAAACAGUGGAACGAUACAGGGCCAUCAUGGCCCUCUUGUUUAAAUGACGUUUUUAAACAAUUUUUCAUAAGAAUUUUCAACUAGUGCUUUUAUGCUUCUUACGGCAAUGUGAAAUACAUCUGAAUUACUUUAUUUAAUAAUCCUAUGUUCUUGGGAAAAAAUUCCCUGUGUAUAACCUUUAUCUACACGGUUAUGCAGAAACUCGAAAUUUUGGCACCGAUUUCAGAUGUAUUAAAGGAUAAUUUUUAAAUCUUAAGAUAGAGGCACAAACUGCAAGGAAAACUGUCUAUGAAGUAAUAUUUUUUUGCAAAUGUAUUUCAAUAACUUGAGAUAUGUGCAAACAUAAAGUUCUUAACGGUGUGUUUACAUUAUGUCCAGCCCGUGUGUAAACUCAUGAAAACCCCGUUGAUCCUGCACCCUUGUAAUCAUUACAAACAAUAAAUAAUUACCGAAGUCGAUACUUGUUCGAAUUUUAGAUGAAGAAGAUGACACAAAUGUGUUUCGUGUAUCUGGGUACACCUAGACAUGUAACGACUAACAGUUUAAGGUGUAUUAUUAAUAAAUACAUGUAUAACGUUUUAAUAGUCAUAGAUAUAAAAUGAUCCCAUAUAAUCAUGUAAUAUGACAUAUUGAAGAUAC